CACUUACGGUGUUUUAGAUGAAUACGUCUAUUAACGGUGUCUACUAACGCCACGGUGAGGACCACCACCACGGAUUCAGUCCCAUCUAAAGCCGUGGUCCUGAAGUCUAUAUCCAUUUCAGAGCGCUAUAUUGUUUUUUCUUUGACCUAAAGCGGUUACUGAAUCCUCACUAAAGCGCCGACAGAAGCUCUGUCUGUGGUGUUUACACCACUACUGCGCCUCUGCUGCUUCGCUACACACGCUAAAGCUAAGCAAGCCUGGGCUAUCGGCACAGCGCUGAUCCGGGGUCGGUUAUAUUAGUCCCGGACACCACGACGCUCUUCCAGGCGUAUGGGCUCGGGGAAUGACGUUAGCCUUGAGGCGGAUAAACCAUAGGAGACACGUUGGAAGAAAGGAAGAAAUGCAAGGCGAGAAAACUACAUCCGACAGGCCUAAUGAUCCUGGGCAUCUCCUACACACCGGAGCGAGGCACAGCGACGAGAAGAUGGGGCAAAGCGUGGUGGAUUUUCCGGUAGCGGUAGUCCUGCCGGCCGGCGGCUGUGGGGAAAGGACGGGGCUGGGCACACCAAAACAGUUCUGCUCCCUGCUGAGGAGACCGCUCAUCAGCUACACCAUCGACACCUUCCACAGAGUCUCAUGGAUUGAAACUAUUGUAGUUGUGGUUGCUAAGGAGAGCCUUGACCUGAUGCUACACAUCGCUCAGAAGUUCCAUCACACCAAAGUGAUAGUGGUUGAAGGAGGAAGCACGAGACACAGGUCCAUCUUCAAGGGCCUGCAAGCCUUCUGCGCGAGAGCGGGGGCUCCGCCACUCCCCAGACCCGAGGUGGUGAUUAUCCAUGAUGCUGUGCGGCCUUUCGUGGAGGAAGAACUUCUUCUCCAGCUCACACUGGCAGCAAGAGAGCAGGGGGCUUCUGGAGCCACCCGCCCUCUGGUGUCCACGGUGAUCGCUGCAACCUCCGAAGGCUACCUGGACCAUUCUCUGGAGCGAGCAAAAUACAGAGCCAGCGAGAUGCCCCAGGGUUUCCUUUAUGACAUCAUCUAUCAGGCCUACCAACGGUGUAGCGAGUUUGACUUUGAGUUCGGUACGGAGUGUCUCCACCUGGCCCUGCGGUACUCAGGCACCAAUGCCAGGCUCCUGAACGGACCACCAACUCUGUGGAAAGUGACGUACAAACGGGAUUUGGCUGCAGCAGAGUCCAUUAUCAAAGACACCCUCUCCAUGUCAGCGUGCAUCAUCUCAGGAGCUUUGGGAGAGACUGCUGAGCUAGCCAGCAGACUCCAGGAAAACCUGGCAGCCCACAGCAUGACUGUGGAUGUCUUCCCCUGUGUAAAAGGAAAAAACGAGUUACUAAUGAAGACCAGGAACUUCAUCCAGAUAUCUGAAACUGCGGCAAGUUUAUGUGAAACUAGGGAGAUGGUGAAGAUUUUUGAGGAGGCAAGCCAUGCUCUGUUGUACCCCGUGGUUAUCGUGUGGGUUCAUUUAUCCAUGUCGGAGGAGCCGUGUCCCACAGAGAAGGGUGCGGAGCUGACUACCAUCAUGGACAUCUCCACCACUUUCAGGAAGACCAAUAUUUUACUCUAUGGUAUUCAGGUCAUUCACUCAAAGGUCCCUGAGCUAUGGGAGAGGUCUGUAGAAAGACUGUCACAAAUCACAGCAGCUCUCGUCAGAGACAGAAAUCCUGCUCUUACCGGCCAACUGCUUCAAGCCUGAGAUUGAGAAACACCCGCAAACACAAACCCACAACCUGAGCCAGAACAGAAACCUGCAGCGCUCUCAGAACACGUGUUGACGCUCCAGAAAAUUAUUAAAUAAAAAAAAAAUGACAGUCAUUUUUAUGCGGACAUUUGGAGUUUGUCUAAUUUUGCAGUACCUUUGGUGGCUAGAAUUUAAACAAUGAAUAACGUAUGUCAUCAUUUAUAAUGCAGGUCUAAGAUACAUUUCAUGAUUUGUGUAUUAUUUUACCUGUGUUUAUGUAUGCACAGAUGAGUGUCUUGCAGUGUGAGUACUGCAUGCAGACGUUCUUGUGUUUUGUAAGGAAACACUGACCUCUUGUGAAACAACCUUAGAGGUUUAUUCCUCUUUGGCACCCAGACUCCGGCCACUAGGGGCAGUAUGUGCACGUCUCUUUCAAAGGCAUCUGGAGCAUGUCUUCAAAACAACUCACAAGGCCUCUUAAGGCAGUAGGAUGUUAAAAAAAGAAAUAAAUAAAUAAAAACCCACAAAACACA